AAUGCUGCCGUUUGGGAGGUGAAGGACAAGAAAUGUUUCAUUGUCAAAGCGAAGGUGAGUGUUAAUUAGCGUUAUCUAACUUUGAUCUGGGUUGUUAGUAUCAGUUCACUUUUUCAGUCAGCAUUCUAGGGCAGUAGUGACAAUGCAUGAAUAUUUUGGUUAGGUUGACACAGUCCCUUAUAACAUAAAUAUAAUCAAAACGUUCUCCCUCCCAAAUGUCAGGUAAACCAUUCCUACAGGUUAAAUGACUCCCAGUUGACAGCUUGGGUUGCUGUGGAGAAAGAGGGAUUGGUGCGAUUUGGCCACUGCACAUGUAUGGCCGGUUUAGGGGAAGUGUGUUCACAUGUAGGUGCCAUACUCUACGCUUUGUUAGCAGCUGUGAACAAACUGAGUGGCACUGCAUGCACUGAUAAGGCCUGUAGCUGGAACGAGCCUAGUAUGGCAGCCAUAAAGACAGUAGGGUAUGCAGAAGGGAGCCAGAUAGGUUUCACAAAGGCCCAGAGAAAGAGAUCUGCUGAUGGUUGUGAUGACCUCCCCCCGGUCAAGAUUCCACCUCCAAUCCAAGAUGAAUGCACAGCACUCUACAGUAUGCUACAUUCAUCAGAAAGCACUGAAAAGCAACCGGUCAAAAGUUCAAUUUUGUCUGUUAUCCCUGGCCAUGCAAAGAGGUAUAUACCUCGAGCAGUGCAACUGAACAUCCCAGCACCCUUAAGCCAGAUGUACAAGCCCCAGCACAGGUCACUGUCACACCAAGAACUGCAGGCAAAGAGUGAGGAAGUGUUCACAGGGUUAAGCAUAACAGAAGAACAGGUACAAUUUUACAUCAGUCAGUAAAUGUGAUUGAAGAUAUGGAUGUCAGGAAUGUCUCAGGCAGUAAAUAUGAUAGCUCAAGUGCAGAAAACGUUCUCCUCAGAAUUCAAUAGUCACUUUUUUUUUAAAUAUUUUUUGUCAAUAAAAGUUAAUACAUCACUGUUUAGAUGUCACAUAUCACUAACUUGCUACUCUACCUUGCUACCUUUUUCAAGUGCCAUGUCAUAGAAAAUGAGACAAGACCACAGGCAAAAUGUGCCAUGUGGUUUGACCAGAAGGCAGGAAGGGUGACUGCGUCAAACAUCCGAGCAGCCUGCCACACGGACCCAGACAAACCAGCUGUUUCCCUGCUGAAGAAACUGUGCUAUCCAGUGGCCUACAAGGACCCAAACAACAACACACCACACUCUCUCAGAUGGGGCACUGAACACGAGGGAACGGCAGUUGAGGAGUACACCAAAACAAUGGAGAGCCACCACACCAACCUCACUGUCAGGAAGGGAGGCCUGGUCAUCAACCCUCAAUAUCCAUGGUUAGGGGCAUCCCCAGACGGCAUAUUAACAUGUGACUGCCAUGAAAUGGGUGUGUUGGAAGUAAAGGCACCCAGCAGUCUUGAUAAUAGCACAUUGGGGGAGAAAAGUAAACAGGACAGCACGUUCUGUCUCAAAGAGGUUGGCGGUAAACUUUUCUUAAAGAGGGACCAUCAGUACUUCUAUCAGGUGCAGACACAAAUUCAUCUGACACAAGCAAGCUACUGUGACUUUGCUGUCUGGGGACCGGGGAAAGGAGGGAAUGGGGAAAUGCACAUUGAGAGGAUUCUGCCCGAUACUGACUUUUUUGAGUCCAUGUGUGAAAAGGUUAGCAAAUUUGUGAAGAAAUGUGUCAUCCCAGAGCUUGUAGCAAAGGUGUUCACAGCUCCUAUUCUAACAUCACAUGACAAAAAAACAUCUGAAGGCAAGGGCUGUUACUGUGGGGUCCCUGUACUGCACAAUGAAGACAGACUUGAGUGUAAGUCAGGAAUCUGUAAAAGACAACUCAUUCAUAGAAGUUGCUUAAAGUUUGACACCACCCAUUUAAAAAUAUCAAGUUGGAAAUGCAGUGACUGUAUACGUGAAAUAGCUAAAGAGAAGAGGGAUAACAAAAAACAGAACAAUCUGAACAAAGUGUAA